UCCUAUUUUCGUUUUGCUGAUGUGCACAUCCUGUUUCACAAACUACGUGAAUGGUGACUGAAAUGCGUGGCAUAACUGCAAGAAAAUAACUCUUCCUCAUACUUACCAUGCAUCGAUCACACUUCUUAGACAUCUUAUGUCCUCAGUUUUCUACUAGUCUUAAUUUUCACAUGUGUUGUAAGUGGUCAAGCUCAGAAUCUUCAAAGUCAACAGCUAGAUGAGGUAGUAGACAGUCUGUCAAAAUAUGACAUCAAUGAUGAUGGAAUUCUGUCACAGGAGGAAAUAAAUGUGGCCCAACCUCAUAUUCAAAAAUUGCUUGACAGAUAUGCUGAGUUAAAAGCCCAGGAAGACCUAAAACAGGAGAAUGCUGAUGAGACCAGAUCACCUGCAAGCCAAAAUGCUCACAUUUCAGAUCAUGACGAUGAUGAUGGAGUUGAAAUAGAAGUUGAAGAUGACAUGGAAGUGAAAGAGGAUGUAAAGGAAGACAUUAAAAGUGCAAAUAAGCUGUCAUACUUUGCAGCUGGUUUAGCUACCCUGAUUACUGUGAUUUAUCUUAGCCACAAGUGGCGAUCCACUCAGCAGCAAAGGAUACAGGAGGAAGCAGAUUUGCAUGCAUUGAGGAGGGAGGCUUGGCUCAGCCGCAUGUCAAAAGGUCAGCAUCAGUCAGUUCCACCAUCUUCAUCUCUACAAGAAUCUUCCACUGGAGAAGUAUCAGAAACUCUAGUCAGCAGUACAUCAUCAUCUGUAAAAUCCGUUAUGGCAGCAGCUAAAAAUAAUUCUGUUCAAAAGACCAAUGGUGUACCUGAGGGCAUUUCUAAAGACCAGUCUUUUGCUCCACAAAAAUCUGCCAAAGGAUCUUUGUUGUCUUCAGAGUCUUCCAAAAACGGUGCAGCUAAAGGCAGCAAGAUUACACAUUCAGGCCAGAUACCUAUUGCAAAAUCUUCAGGUGAUUUUCAAAACGAAGUAAAUAAUAUUACUAUGCCUUCUGAGCAAGACAGCUUUGUGAAAAAGAUAGAGCUGAAAUCCUCAGAUGUGCCUUUGCCAGCAGCACCAAAAGAAAAAACUUCAGACAAAGAGAAAACUAUAAAAUUUCUGGAGGAUGUUCUGAGUUGCACAGUGAUCCUAGAGAAAGAAGACAAAAUUCGGACUAGAUUCAGUCUUAAAAAACUUACAGUGGCUGGUUCACAAUUUCCCUGUACUGUAGGGGAAGUUCAUCAAAAAAUGGCAGCAGUAGUUCAUCACGUCUUUGUUAAGCAGAUCAACAAGGUAUCGUUUUCAAUCUCAGUAUACAAUGCUUGUAAUGAAUAUGCAGCCAGCUAUAAUGACAAGAUGGUGGAUGCCACUUCAUCAGUAAUAAAAAAGAAAGCUCUGGAGACAAUCUUAUCAUACUUUGAGAAUGAGUGUGCAGGUGCAGUUAGUCUUCCUGCCGAAGAUCUUUGGAGCUCAGACGGAAAAUUCAGCUUAGAGUCAUUUGAAGCAGCACAAUUUCUUCCACGUCUGGUUGGAGCUGCCAAGGAUGGAAUCUUUGUGUCACAAUCCAUGUUGACAGAUCUUCUUAUGCCCAGAGAAGGACAGUAUUUGCUUUUAUCUCUUUUCCAAGCAGGUGGAAGCCUAUUGACAAGAACUAAAAGAUUGGAUGAACUGGUCCUUUGUGAAGGAACCACGCUUAAUGCUCUGGAAUUGCUUGCAACAAAUCCUCAUUGCGGAGGUCUGCUGAGCAUUCUCCUAGACAAAGAAAUUCGUGAAGCAGCCAAACACAGCCUUGGCAACUAUUUUGAACAUAACUCAGUCCUAGCACCACUUCUGAGUUUGUCAACAAUUCCUACCACCGGUGCACAACGCACCUUUGUUCCUCACCCAUCAGCAUCCAUUCCGUUCAAAAGUCUUCGCAGCUACCCUCGUUUAACCAGUGACGAUAUUAGUUCUGUGGAGAGCAUGAUCCAGAGAGGGAUCCACAAGACUCAGCAGAUUGUCUAUGCAGCACUGAAACGUGUUGUCAGCAAUAAGACAACACGAGAGAUUGGUCUAGCAUGGAUGGCAUCAGUUGUAGGCCUGAAUGAACUGAGGACAGCGGCAGUGUUGCAGGACAGUUCUGACAUUCAGCCUGGCUGUUCAGAUGGAUUUAUGCUAAAUCUCUGUGCUGUGCUGCUGGAAUUUUUCCUGCCCAUUAGUUCGGACAAUGAGAAACUUCUGAAAGUAGAUUUAAGUUAUUCAUCAUCAUCAGCCUGCCGCCUGAACUAUGACUUUGAGACUUGCCUGGCUGGAGGACAAAUUGUGUGUGAAAAGGGUCAGGAACGCAGGCUUGGAAUAUUGCCACCGGAACUCCAAGGGCAGCAGACUUUUAUCACAGAGUGCUUCCACCUGACACAGCGAGCUCUCAGUGUUGGUAUCAUCCCUGCUAUUAAGCAUUACAACAAUAUGCACAGGUUCUUUAGCAGCCAGACCAAAGUAGUGCAAGGGACAGAACAAGAGGAAGUUGUAAAGAACAUGCAUUUGCUGGUGACAGUUGUCUGGGAUACCUGUCUCUUAGACACCGAGCUAGCUCGCAAUAUCACCAUUUUCUACAUCAGUCAGGCCCGCCUACUGCUAGAGGUUAUCAAGACAGAGGAGAAGAGACUGGAUGACCCAGAAAUGGUUGCUUGUGCACAGAGAAAGGCACUCUCUGUUGUUCCAGAGUUUUGUGUGAAGGACAUGGCCCAGUGGUUCAGAUUCCUGGCUGGCCACGUUUUGCGGCUCCAUCCUAACACAGUCAAAGGCCUAGAUCUGGUGGCCUUUGUUGACUGCUGUGUGAUGUUACUGGAGCGCCCAGAUCUGAUGCCAGGCCCCAUUCCUGCUAGCCAAACUGUUUCCGCUCUCCUGAGCUUUCUUGGUACAAAGGCCCAAAAUGGUCCAAUAAUGCGUGGAGGAUGGGGGUCAGGUGUCAUGUCUGACUUGGAAGCCAUGGUUCACACCUGUCCAUCUGUACAAGAAAAGCUUGGACCAGCACUGCUACGUACCUAUGUCAGUGUGGAUGUUGUGGAAGGCCUUGAUGUGGACAAAGAUACCUUUGAUAAAUAUGGUGCCAGAGUCGAGAUUGGAGAACUAUUGAAGAGGUUGUGGUUCCGCAUAGACUGCCGUUCUUCUAUCAUCAGGCAGUGUGGCACAGAACUUUUCCAGAGUUUCCUCAAUGCCAUUUUAGACACUUUGCUGUACAUGCUACAUGACAGUCUAUCUCGAUUGGCCAACGUGAAGAAGAUAGAGGCGCUCAAAGCUAACAAUAAAGACUGGUCAGCAUUGACUCCAGGGCAGCAGGCUGAAAAAGAAAGGUUUUUGAGAAAUGAAGAGAGUGUGGGAACUGGUUUCAUGCACCAGGCGAAGACAACGUUGAACUUGUUGGAUCUGAUUACUCAGUCAGAGAAAGUAUCUCACUGCUUUACGCAACAGCCUCUUGCAUCAAGGGCAGCUUCCACAAUCAAUGGAUUUUUGGAGUCCUUAUGUGGAGCUAAGGCAAAGGACUUCAAAGUAAAAAAUAUGGCAAAGUACAACUUCAAUCCUGGAGAACUCCUGUCCACUAUUGUCAAUAUCAUUGUCCGUGUCACCAUGCAAGACCAUUCUGUACACAACGGCUACCUUGUUUCCAUGGUGAAGGACCCUGACUUUGAGUUGCAUAAUGUGGAGAAAGCACUGUCUGUUAUUCAAGAAAAAGGGCUGGGUGGAGAGGCAGUGGUCAGUCAAAUGAGUGACCUUGUUAGGCAGAUGAAAACUCUGAUGGAAGAGAACAACAGCACUGCACCUGUAACCUCACAAGGGGAUGAGGAGGGUAACUGGAUGGAAGCGUUUGUGGAUACCGAGGUAGACCAUGAUGCUUUAGAGAAGGACUAUGUUACUACCAUGCAGAAUGAACGCUUCAGUUCUGCUAAACUGCAGGAGUCUCAUAGCUUCCAUGGUAACCUGCAAGCACUAGAACCCAGAUCACCAAAGGUGAAGGCAUUAAUGAAAGAAAUGAAACAGCUGCAGCAAAACCUGCCUGUUCAUGCCGAUGCAAGCAUAUUUGUCCUACAGGAUGAGGAGCGUAUGGAUGUAAUGCGAGCACUGAUUACUGGGCCAACUGGAACACCAUACAGUUUGGGCUGUUUUUGCUUCGAUAUCUAUUUUCCCACAAACUAUCCAAACGUUCCUCCUCUUGUGAAGAUCAUCACAACAGGUAAAGGUACUGUCAGGUUCAAUCCUAACUUGUAUGCUGAUGGAAAAGUCUGUCUGAGUCUGCUGGGAACAUGGCAUGCAGGUGAUGCCAGUGAAAAAUGGAACCCAAGUGCUUCAUCACUGUACCAGGUUCUAGUGUCCAUUCAGAGUAUGAUCUUGACGCCAGAUCCUGUUUUCAAUGAACCUGGCUAUGAAAGGUUAAAGGACACAGAAGAAGGAGAGAUACAGAGCCGGCAGUACAACUGGAAGCUCCAUUUGAAUACACUUCGACAUGCAGUCUUAGGUCAGCUCAGAGAACCCCCACCAGGCUUUGAAAGACUCAUUGGCUGGCACUUCGCCCUCCAGAGAGAGGCGUUGCUAAAACAAUGCGCACAGUGGGUGCACGGCUGUGAAGAUCAAGACUUGCUCAAAAGAAUGCGCCAGACAGCAGACAACAUAUUCGAGGAACUCAUGAGGCUUGAUGUCGACUUCAGUGUGAAGGACGAGGACACGAGUGAUGACAAGGAGGAGGAAUAGUGAAACUGGCUAUUGGUCAGAUACAGGCGCUUGAAUGCUGCAAGGUGCUGAUGGCGAUGACGACAAUAUUAAUUUCAAGUAAAAUAACUUUCGGGGGUGAUGGAUCGCACUGUAUUCCGUUGUCCAAGUUUGUGAAGUUUUCGAAAAUGGCAGAAGCCGUUAAACAGGCCUUUGUUAGGCAUGAAGAUUUGGGUGAUGCUUAGAGAGUUACCGAAAGAAUAUAAUGUGUAUUGUGCUAUGAUAUGAUUAUGUAAUUUAAGGACGACAUAAAAUAAGAAUUGUUAUUGUGAA